GUGUAGUGUAUGCGCUGGCGCGGGAGGGCGUUGCAGUCUCCGGGGGCGCUGGGGAGUCAUUGUCGGCCAUGACAGAGAGUGUGCGUGUUCCAGCGUUACGUGUGCUUUACAUCCCUUUGUGUGUCCAGAGAGUGUUUUAUUAGUGUAAUCACAACACUACAAGUGGCGACGAGGAUAAAAGCUGCCCCAAAAUGACUCAUGCAUCAUCUACACUUCCUAACUUGCAACAUUUUGAUUGCGAAGGCGAUCCAACAUCUAUCGGCACUCGCUGGGAAAAAUGGAAAAGAGCAUUCGAAAUUUACUUACUGGCUGCCAACAUCGAGACACCUGUAAAAAAACGGGCUACUCUACUCCAUGUGGGGGGUAUAGCACUCCAGGAAGUUUAUUAUAACAUACCCGGCGCUCACGUUGAAGAAGAAGGUGUCGAUGUUUAUGAAGUAGCUCUAAAGAAAUUGGACAGUCACUUUGCUCCAAAACAAAGUCGGAUUUACGAAAGGUAUCUCUUUAGACUCAUGAAACAGGAAGAAGAAGAACAAUUCGAACGAUUUUUAUUAAGGUUAAGAACUCAAGCCGAAAAAUGUCAAUUCCAUGACAAAGAGCAGCAUAUUAUUGACCAAAUCACUGAAAAGUGCAGACAAGUCGAAUUGAGGAAAAAAAUUUUAGAAGGUGGAGAUACAAUUACUCUAGACGAAAUCAUCAGUAAAGCAAAUGCAUUAGAAGUUGUAGCCAGACAAUUGGAUAAAUUUAAAAUGGUAAAGACAAAUGAUACGAACAAUUUCAACAAAGCAGAAAUAAAUAAAAUCGAUAACAAGAAAAAAUAUAACAAACCGUUCCCAAGACAAUUCUCGAACACUAAAUGUAGUAGAUGUGGAAGCCCCUCCCACUCAUCCGAAGACAUAAAAUGCCCAGCAAAAGACAAACGAUGUUUGAAGUGUGGCUUCAUUGGUCAUUUCCGGGAAAAUUGUAGAACUCGACAGAAAAGACAGUUUUCGGGCAACAGGACGGAAACCGUAAAUAAAAAACCAAAAAUAGAAACAAAAAAAGGUGCCUUUAGAUCUGAAAUUGACUACAUUUUCAAUCUGGGUGAAAACGGAGAUAAAAAGGAUGAGACCGGUGAAGUACGAAAGGAAAAGACAGAAGAGUCCCGAAUAGAUUAUAUUUUCCACCUGGAUGAUGACGAAACUAUAAAGUGCAGUAUUGGGGGAGUUACCAUUGACAUUUUGAUCGAUUCGGGAAGUAAAUGCAACGUAAUUACUGAUAAAACAUGGCAGCUUCUAAAAGACAAUAGAGUGAAAAUUUCUAAUCAAAUACGCAAACCUAAUAAGACACUUGUUUCUUACGGCAGUAAAGAACCUUUGGAUAUAAUGGGCUCCUUUGACGCGAACAUUUCAGUCAUUGCUAAUAAGUGUAUAAAAGGUACCAUCUAUGUUAUCAGAAACGGCACACGUGAUUUAUUAGGCAAGGAGACAGCAAUUCAGUUAGGCGUGCUAAAAAUUGGGCUUCAAAUUAACUCAAUAAGUAAUGAGAAACCAUCAGAUAAAGUGUUUCCAAAGUUCAAAGGAGUAACGGUCCAAAUCCCAAUAGACCAAACAGUUAAACCAGUUAUCCAGCCAUAUCGAAGAGUCCCCAUUCCUUUAGAAGAAAAGGUUACCAAAAAAUUAAAGGAACUUAAAGAUGCGGAUAUCAUUGAGGAAGUAAAUGAACCCUCACCGUGGGUAUCACCCAUGGUUCCCGUUCUUAAAGAAGGACAAGAAGAGUGGAGAUAUCCUUCUUCGGGGAACUAGGAUAGUUAUACCUCAUCUUCUGCGGCAACGAGUACUGGAAGCAGCUCAUGAAGGCCAUCCAGGCAUAGUAGCAAUGAAAGCUCGCCUCAGAACAAAGGUGUGGUGGCCUAGGAUUGACAAAGAUGCUGAACGAUUAGUAAAAGCUUGCCGAGGAUGUACGCUUGUAUCAAAUCCUACUCCGCCACAUCCAAUGAAGAGACGAGCACUUCCCGCUGAACCUUGGGUUGACAUAGCGAUGGACUUCUUGGGGCCGCUUCCUAGUCACGAUUACCUGUUGAUACUUGUUGAUUACUAUAGUAGAUAUAAAGAAAUCAAAGUAAUGCGCAGUAUUACUUCUCUUGAUACGAUAAAGGUGUUAAAAGAAAUAUUCUCCAGAUUAGGUUAUCCAGCAACCUUGACGUGUGAUAAUGGAACUCAGAUGACUGGCGAGGUUUUCCGGAAAUAUUGUAAGGAAUGUGGAAUCAUCCUAUAUAAUACAGUUCCGUAUUGGCCUCAAAUGAACGGGGAAGUCGAGAGGCAAAAUCGAGACGUUUUAAAACGUCUAAAAAUUUGCCAAGCUGAAAACAAGGAUUGGAAAGAGGACAUUUUCAGUUAUUUAAUGAUGUAUAACAGUACGCCUCACUCUGUUACAGGCAAAUCUCCCUCGGAGUUAUUUUAUAAAAGACAGUUUAGAGACAAGAUCCCAGCAGCACCAGAUAUGGAGUAUAAGGCAAUAGAUGAAGAGGUAAGAGAUAGGGACCUGCAAAAGAAGGAAAAAGGGAAAGAGUAUGCAGAUCUCAAAAGGAAAGCGACAGAUAGCAACUUAGAAAUAGGAGAAAAAGUAUUAGUGAAAAAUUUGAUCAAAGAUAAUAAGUUAACCUCCAAUUUCAAUCCCACUACGCAUACAGUUACGGAUGUGAGUAGUGGUGAUGUUAAUAUUAGGAAUGAUGAAACCGGAAAAGAAUAUCGGCGAAAUAUAGUCCAUUUAAAGAAAUUAAAUGAUUCAUGGACGGUUGUGAACCAGAGUAGCAGUUAGUUAACUAUGAUUAGGUUGAUUAGGUGUGAUUGGAUUUUGUACAAAAGUAAAUUGUGUUAAAUUAAUAAUUGGGAAUUGUAUUGAAUGUUGUUAAAAGGAAGUAAAACCAAAAUUGUUUUGUUAAAUUUAAAACCAUAAUUGUUUUGUCUAAUUUUGCCUACUGUAACCUACUGUAAUUUCAAAUUAUUUCAUAUAAUAAAAAUAAAGAAGGGAUGUAGUGUAUGCGCUGGCGCGGGAGGGCGUUGCAGUCUCCGGGGGCGCUGGGGAGUCAUUGUCGGCCAUGACAGAGAGUGUGCGUGUUCCAGCGUUACGUGUGCUUUACAUCCCUUUGUGUGUCC